AUGGCGUCCACCUCCUCUCCCCACCGGAAGUUGCUCCACUCCCUGGUGUACUGGGCGGUGCAGCGCUGCCGGAUGUCGGAGUCGCCGUGCCGGCUCACGGUCUCCCUCAAGCGUCCUGCCGAACCCGCCACCGCCAGCUCCUCGCCGCUGCGCGUCUCCGUUUCGGACACUGGGGUGGGGAGCAAACUGGAGGAGUUCCUGGAGCUAGACGCCCUGGCGCGUGAGACUCCCGUGGAGAAAUGGGAUGGCACACUCUUAAUCACAACUACUGGAAUCAAUGAUGAAGCCAUUUAUCGUUAUCGAAUUAAUCUUCAAGAAGAGAUAUCAAGUGCAAGAUUCAGCAAGCUGGCUACCACAUACAAAAAUCAUGCACGAUUCAGUGGAACUGAAGUCUGCCUAUGUCUCUCAAAUGAUGCUGACGUUGAUGAUCUUAUAUUAUGGUUGGUUGGCUUCUUCAGAAAGAUACAAGUGAUAAGAGCAGCAAAUUUAGCAUGUGAGCUCUUUGUUGAGCAAACAGGCAACGCUGAUUCCAGAAAUGUCUGUCUAACACAAGAUUCUGAUGAUGUUCAUCAUUCUGUUACGGCAUCAAGUAUUGACCAGCUAGUUUCUGGUCUUAAAGACUACACUCACUUCCAUGGAAACACUUGCGACAAGUGUGGUGCGUGCUCAUUGAAUAGAGAUCUUCUAAAGAUUGGAACUGGAGCAGCAAACCAUGUAGACAGAAGAAAAUCUAAAGGACUGCAUGUUGAAGUAGUCAUAGUGAUUGCACACACUGCAUCUGAUUCGACUUGUUGUAUGGUAAAUUGCCCAUCCACACAGGUUUUGUACUUUGAAGAUUUUGUACCUUGUCAGAUAUCGCAGUCCUCUUUUGAUGUGUUGAUGAGCACAGAUUGGCAAAGCUAUGGUUUCAAGUUAAAAGGAGGUUUGAUGGGUGAUGAAGGAAAUGUUGUUCUUGAGUGGGCUAACAUGACAUUUGCUCCCACUGCUAUGCAAGAACGGCAGGGAUCUCAACAAGACAGAUACCUUGUGAGGAAGGCACUCAAAUCUGCUCUAUCUCACUUGAAAGCAGAUCAUGCAGGAGAUUUUCUUAGUUGCCAUGGCCAGAGGGUUCGUGAAUAUGUUCCUGACCUUGCAGAAUCAAUCGCUGGGCUGAUCUUGUCGUCCACCGAUGAAGAGUUCCAAGAUGAAUGCAUUGCGCUUCUUGGGCUAGGCUCGGAACAGGACAUCUCGGAAGGAGCAGUUCAAUCGUCGAUCUCUGAGAAGAUGAUCCGUAUCAUAGAGAUGAAUGACACCAAGGAGAAUGCAGAGGACAACGUGCCUUAUCUGUUCGAGUGCGAGGAGCUGGAUGAAGAUAGCGAGCUGGACGAAGAUGGAGAUGAAGACAUGGCUUUCGAUUUCUAG